AUGCCAUUGGUGAAGGGCGUUGUCACUGUUCUUCCGCCUCCUGAAGGCUAUGUGGUCAAUUUCGAUAACCCACAGCGGCAGGCUGUACCCGAAGCUUACUAUGUAGCUGGAUUUGGUACACUUCUCAGUGUUUUGCUCAUGGCGCAAAGGCUGUACACGAAAGCCUUCUUGAUCGGUCGAUUGCAGUGGGACGAUGUCUUUCUUCUUCUGGCUUGGUUCACCUCUAUCGCUACCAUUGGAUUAUGUGUUCGUGAGUGGAAAUGCCAAGCUGAGAUGGUCGGCUACCAGGUUGUUGCUGACAAGCCCUCGGUAGAUAUGUUUGCAUAUGGGUCUGGAGGUGUCCACGGAUGGGAGAUCUCUAUCGAAAAGUACAACAUAUACAUGAUGGAUGUUUUCCUCGCCGCCGCCAUCUAUACCCUCUGUGGAAGUUUCGCCAAAGUCUCCCUCUUGAUAUUUGACUUCCGACUAUCACCUCAGAGAUGGUUCAAACGAGCUGUGUGGAUUUCUCUUGCGAUCAUUGCCGGUUACAGUAUCGGCAUCUUCUUUGCUCUGGUAUUCGCCUGUGAUCCAAUCGCAAUGAGCUGGGACGUUACCAUCACGGAAGGCGCAUGCAUCAACCGACCAUCACUAUACAUUGCGACUGCUGCGGCAAACAUCAUCUCGGACUUGAUACUUUUCGCGCUUCCGAUACCCAUCGUUGUGAAGCUACAGAUUCCGCGUAGGCAGAAAGUUGGGCUGUUCUUCAUUUUCGCAGUUGGGUCACUUACAGUCGUCACUUCGAUCGUCCGCGUUUCUCUCCUUCCAGCCAUGCUUACAAGCAUGGACCAAAGCUGGGUCAUCUCAUGGGCUAGUUUGUGGAUUAUCGUUGAAGCGAACCUAGUCGUAAUUUGCGCCUCUCUGCCGACCUUACGCAAGUUUUUCCGACACGUCGCACCCAAGAUUAUCGGCGAAAGCACAUAUGGCAAGGGAACCAAGACUGUCGGUGGUACUGGGAGCAAGCCCAUAUCACGAAUGACUAUCGGUGGUACAAAUGAAACGCGGAAUAGAGCCGAGUAUUCGCAAUUCGAUCGCGACAACAAUGGCGAGGCAUUUGUGAUGGCCAGCAUGGGGUCCAAUAACCCAGUUACUAUCGCGACUAGUCAUACCGAGGGUGAUCCGACAGAGGAUGAUUCAUCAGAGAAAGCCAUCAUGCGAGGAAACAAUAUUGUCCAGACGAAGACAAUCACGGUGGAGUACAGCACUAAACAAUGA